AUGUUCCUGAAGCAUCUUGAUCUGACUACUGCACUACGGCCUUCGUAUCUUCCGGAUGAAGUACUGCUCUUUGUCCAGGACAAUGUCGGCUUGUACGAAGGGAAGUUUAAGCUCCCGAACCAGCAAAAUGGCCAGGUGUAUCUGACAUCUCAUCGCAUCUGCUACGUUGACAAGGAUGAACCAAGGAAGUACUCGGCCGCGUUAAACCUGAAGGAGGUGGAUCGGUAUGAGUUCUAUGCCGGGUUCCUCAAGUCAUCGGCCAAGAUCACCAUUGUUCCCAAGCCCUUGAAGCGAUCAACGCUCCAUAACCGCGUGGUUUCCAACACAGGAGUCAAUUCAAGAGGGAGCACGCCAUCUCCCGCAUCGUCGGACAACGCUUACACUCCUCCGUGUGGGCCUCCGUCAAUCACGGCCGCAACUUGGGUCUGCACUAUUUGCAGCUUCUCAAACCCGGUCCCUUCCAACUUUGAUCCGGUGACAGCAAAUGCCCACACUCCUCUUCCCCCAUGCUUGGCAUGCGGGAUCAAACCAACGCUAUCUCAGGUGCUGAAGGCGGCUAUUGCUACUGCCAGCAACCGUCCAGCAGCUACUCCAAGCGCCAGUCAGAGUGGAAUCUCGAGCCAGGAGUCUUCAUCAACAGUCACCCCGCAAUCAAGCGAUCUUUUGACUUUUGAUACUCGUACUGGCAGUGGUCAAGGAAAGCCCGACACUAGUGUGUCAUUCCAUUGUCCACGAUGCACUUUCUCAAAUCACCCCUCGCUUCUAUCUUGCGAGAUGUGCGGAGCUCCGUUACUAUCGCAAAACAUACCUUCUACCAUCUCCAGCUCCGAGUAUAUUAGGACACAAUCCCCGGGUCCGGUCAAGGAUAGCAACAGCAAAACGAGCCAGAGUGGCGGAGACUUUGCGGAGAGUGUCAAGAUAUCAUUCCGAGGUGGCGGGGAGAAGAUCUUUUACGAACGACUAAAGAGUGCCAUGACGCAGCGGAAAUGGCUACUACAGGAUGCACCUCCCGCUCCAAAGAGCAACCGCGCGAUGGAUGACAGCUCCGCCAGCGGUUCACCAAGCACCCCUGUUCAGAAGGCCAAGACUGCGGGCAUUGCCGGGCUCGAGCAACUGGGCUUGAACAUGCGCAAGAAUAACGAAAUUCUGAUUGGUAGUGCAUUUGAAGACCUCGAGGCACUGAUGGCUUCCGCAAAGGAGGUAGUGGCCCUGGCAGAGAGAUUUGCACAGCAGGUCAACGGGGCUAGUGGCGAUGUUACACCCAAGGACAAUAGCAUACUGGCCGAAUCCGCCCAUCAGCUGGGAUUGAUCACGACCAAGGACAUUGUCGGCGGCGGAGGCUCCGAGUCACUCUACUUCUCCGAGCUGGCCCGCAACUUGGCAGAGUUCCUAACCGACGACUCAAGAGGCGUUCUCAAACGGGCUGGCGGCAUCCUCACGCUAGUCGAGCUGUGGGCAAUGUUCAACCGAGCGCGCGGCGGCGUCGAACUCGUCAGCCCGAUGGACUUUGAGAAGGCGGCGCAGAUGUGGGAAGGCCUCAAGCUGCCCGUGAGGCUGCGCAAGUUCCGGAGCGGCGUCAUGGUGGUGCAGGCCCGGGACCGCACCGACGACGCCACCAUCAAGUCGAUCCUGGCCUGGCUGCAGGACCUGCACGAGUUCCCGCCCGACCGGGACGUUGCAUGGGAUUGGCGAGAGUUUGGGCGCGGUGUCACGGCGCAGGAGGCCGCGGAGAGGUUCGGAUGGAGUCUCGGCGUGGCGGAGGAGGAGCUGCUCAUGGCCGAGGAGCACGGGGCCCUGUGUCGCGAGGAGGGGCUCGAGGGACUCAAGUUUUGGAAGAAUUACAUUGGCAAUACUGAUCCGGCAUUGUUGCAGAAGCGGGAGGCGCAGGAACAGGCCGACGCACUGAUACAGCGUUUGAAGGAGACUGGGUUUAUAUAG